AAUAGAAAUCAUGAAACUUACAUGGCUGUUUGCUUUUGCCUCUCACGUUUAUAUACCGAUAUUAUGGCUAUUGUAUCCCACCAACGCAACAGCUAUAGAAGAAAAAUUUCAACAGAAAAAUCAUCUCCUCGUCGUCGUGAACCAGUUCCCCAUGUCGGCGAUUUUCCGCAGGAAUGCCAGUGGCCACAUCGAAAGCAUUGAAGGUGUUUCUCUUCUCAUCCUUGAUUGGAUCGCACACCGUUACAAAUUUGACUAUUCACUCGUGGCAAGCAACACGACUACGGUUGAAGAUAUAGGAUCCAAGCCUGGACAUAUAACAAACAUGAUGAGAUUAAAAGCGGACGUGAUGAUUGCUGCCAUGGGCCUGCUGCAUGCGCGAUUGGUUAGCGUAGAGUAUGUUCACCCAUGGAUAUUCUCCCCUGGCGCCUUUCUCCUACCAAAGCCUGAAGGUUGGCAGAACAACGUGGAUGCAGUUAUCAAGCCUUUUCAGCCCUUGGUUUGGUUAGGCUUGGUUAUAGCUGCCAUCUCCAUCACAGUAACUCUCUUGAGCUACAAUUACCUAGCGAAAAAGAAGAAUAAAUGGAUUGACAACAGCGAAAAAUCAGCUCCCCAACACAUUGUUGUUGUGACACAAGAUCUUAUUAUGUACAUCAUUGGCACAUUACUAAAUCAAGGUGGUUAUAUAUCAUGCAAGAUUACAAAAAUUCGAUUACUUGUGGGAGCUUGGUGUUUACUUACGCUCGUCCUUGUAAAUGUCUAUAAUGGAAUUCUCAUCUCCUUCGUAACGACAAUACGUCCCACACCUCCAAUUAUAAACUCUGAGACAGAUGUCGGCUACGAUCCAAAUAUCUACCUUGUUGUAAAUAGAGGACUUGGAGGAGAUGUUUGGUUUUCAUCAGCAGAAAAAGGAUUGUAUAAGGCGUAUGGGGAUAAACUGAGAGCCUAUAGCAAAUCCAAGUGCAACUCCACUGCCAUCUGUAUUCAAAUGGUGCAAUUUUUACCACAUCAGCACGUAUAUUUCAACGUAUGUAAAUGUUUCAAAGAAAACAAGCAUCUUUACCCUUACAUUUUUUUUUUUUGCUACGCCUUUAUCAUUUUAAUUAAAAAACGCUUUGUCCUGUAUAUUUCCAAGACUAUGCUUAGUAUACGAGACAUCUUAAGGCAGAAUUAUCAACAAACAAAGAAGUGCCAAUUAACUAUACUCCUGAACCCAGUAACUCACCCUGCAUCCUGGGGCCUACCGAAGAAAAGUCCCUAUUUGGAGAAUUUCAACCAAGGGACAUUGAGACUUCAUGAAAUUGGCCUGAUUUUUCUUUGGGAGAGUUGGUUUGCGGCAGAUACUAGGCCUUGUUGGUCAAGAAACCAAAACAUCCAACGUGACAAAAACGAGAAGAAACCACUUGUUCGUUUAUCUUUAGAUAACUUGAUUGGAGCAUUUGCUUUGUUGAUUGUGGGAGGCAUCAUAUCCCUUUUUGUAUUCAUCAUGGAAAACUUUUAUUUUCAGUGGAAGAAGAUUCGGUGAGUGGAAUGAGAUUAUGUCUGGCCUGUAUGCCAUUUGCACCAUUUCUUUGAUUGCUCAUGAAGGAAAAAUAAAAGAUCUUUGUGUUAUUUUAAUUUGAGCACAC